AUGUUCGACUGGCAGGACUUCGAUACUGUGUUCCAGCCAAAGCCUGACUUCGCUUUUGACAACAAGACCGUCGAGAGCGUCCUCAAGCACCGCAAGGAAUUUGGAGACCAGCUAUUCUUCGAUCGCAUAUGGAAGUCAAUCGGCCUGACGCGUCCCUCAAGAAACAAUUACCCUCCAAGAACAAAUCAAGACCUACGGAAUCUGUGGUCCAAAAUUGUACAGUCGCCCGCAGCCGAUGAACAGAAACUCGCUCUACUCUACUACGUUCUCCGAGACUGUCGACAACUCUCCAAUGCAGACACAAACUUUGCACGAAGAACAUACCUCCCUCAGAAAUACCAGCUACUGGUGGCCGGACUGUGGGAACUUGACCAUGCGCAAUUCUCGCGAGCCUUGGAACAUCUCACCGACCCUUGUUUGACACCAACCUUCGCCGACGAAAUCCUUCUUGCACUCAUACACCAUCCAAAAUGCCAAUCCUCGUUGGCUACCGCAUACUACAUCACGGUGUCUCCUCCGUUGAAACAUCAAUCGACACUCGAGGCAUACUUUGACCUCGUCCUUGCGAACAACAUCGUGCAGGCUUAUUACUUUGCGAAAAAGCAGGGAAAACAAAGACACAAGACGCUGUUCGAGAAGAUCAUAGUCGCAGUGCAUAAAGAAAAGCCUGGAGCUACGCGUGCUGAACGGGCAAGCCUACUUUUGGGCCUACCAUUUACCGCAGAAGAGGAGGCCUGGUUCGAAGAAUGUCUGCUAAGCGGUGCAGGUUCAAAACUUCCUAACGCGAAGGACUCGGUCAUGGCACGGAACAUCGCUACUGGAAGAUCCAUAUCGGGUGAGAAUGGCCUCUCUAGAUUGAAGGGUGAAAACAUUGGAGGUAUUACCUGGGAUACUGUGGUGACGGGUAUCGCAGAUGCUGUGCCACAUUGA